UUCUUCAUUAGCUAUAUAUCUAAGAAUGAACUUGGAGAAUGAAUCUAUGAGUCAUUAUCUGUCUUCACCGUCCAAUAAUAACCUAAAUUUUCCAUCAAAUUCUCCUGAUUCGGUUUCUCUUCUUCCAGUUUCAAAAUCAACUUCACUUGAAGAUAUAAGAGAAGCUGCAAAGGCAUUUGCAACCCUGCAACCUUCUUCUUCUUUUGUUAACAAUUUGUGUGUUGUUGCUAAGCCUUGCUUUGUGGAAUGUAAGAGCCAAGAAAUUAGGGUUUUAGGAGGUGAUAAUAUUGAGAAUAUGAAUAAUAAUGAUGAUGCGUCUAAAGCAAUGUUUUAUGAUGAGGAGGUUUUGUUUAAUAUGCCAGGUUUUUUGGAUAGCAUGGCUGAGGGUUUGCUUAUCACACCACCCUCAAUGAAGAGUGCAUUGGAUUGGGAUGAUGUUGAUUGUGAAAUGGAUUUAACACUAUGGACAGAAUAAAAUAUGAAUUCUGCUCUUCCCCCUACACAUUUCGUUCGCGCCCUGCAGUCAUUCCAAAAAUACCCCUACGCUAGUUAACUAACACACGUGUUAAAGUCUGUGUAACUUAAGUCACACAACGUGAGUUAACUCACGCU